GAACGAAAUGGAGAACGAAAAAAUGAUAUACAAAAGAUAUUUCCAAUGGUGUUACUUUCGGAUAAUGUUGUGGAGGAUAGUACGGAAAGAGUAUCGCAGCAGGGUUUGAAAAGUGGGUUGGACAGGUUGUCGUUACAAGCGUUGAAAAUGUUGUAUGAAGGAGAAGGUUUGUCAGAAACGGGGGUUAAUAAGGAGUUAGUAGAAAGAUUGGCAGUGAGGAUGUUUAAUAAGGCUAAAGAGAAAGCUGUGAAAAAUAGUAAUUAUAGUGGAGUGAGUAGUGAAAAGGAGAAGAUAAGGCAUGAGAGAGGGGAGGUAAGAGUAUUGAAGGAUGAUGAAGCAAGAGCUGGGGUUCAAAAUACAGGUGACGAUGAAGAAGGUGAUAAGGGAAAUUAG